AUGGACGGUAAACAUGUAGUCCUACAAGCUCCGUUUAAUAGUGGGAGUGAAUUUUACAACUACAAGGGUGCUUUUAGUAUUGUUUUAUUUGCAUUAGUUGAUUCCAAUUCCAAUUUUAUGUAUGUUAAUGCUGGAUGUCAAGGCAGAAUUUCAGAUGGUGGAGUAUUAAAAGAUUGCGAAUUAUAUAAAAAAAUUGAAAAUCAGUCGUUGAAUCUACCAGCCCCAAUACCAUUACCAGGAAGAGAAAAAUUAGUCCCCUAUUUUAUGAUUGGUAAUGAAGCGUUUCCACUCAUUGAAAAUAUAAUGAAAGUUUAUUCUGGUUUACAUCCCAAAGGUUCAGUUAAACGACAUUUUAACUACCGUCUAUGCAGGGCUCGGAGAGUCGUAGAAAAUGUUUUCGGGAUUUCAUCAUCAGUAUUUCGCGUUUUACGGAAACCUAUGCUAUUGGAACCCGAAAAAGCAGAAGUCGUUGUAAUGGCUGUAGCACAUCUUCAUAAUUUUUUACGAAAAAGUACAAACUCGGUUAACAUUUAUACACCGAAUGGCUCGUUUGACAGAGAGGUUGACGGACAGGUAAUUGAAGGAAAUUGGAGAUCAGAAAAUAAUAGUUUGACAUCUUUGUUAGCAAUCCGGAACUUGCCUCGUUGA